CCAAUUUGGCAACCCGAGUAUCCGAGUUAACUUUUCCAUCCAUUCGUACAUCUUUCGCCUAUUCGCGUUCCAAGUGCUCUCGAGUUGUUUUAUCGUCUGCAAAAUCUGUUUUUCUGGAUAACUAAAUUCACUUUUACUGAAAAAAGAUGCUGCUUUGGUUUAUUGUGAUGUAACGGAAAAUGGGUGUACCAAGUAUCGAAGAACGAAAUACUGAGACUUGUUGCUUGAGUCCUAAGAUAUACCAAGCCCCAGACGACAUGGACUCAUCACUAGAAUUUCCACGCAAGAAGAAGAUGUUUGCUUCUUCGAGUUUCUACGAAGAACCAAACUGUAUCUAUCCGACAGUGGAAGAACAAGUCAAACUGUGCCGAAAAAUCGCCGAAUCACUCUCAGAUGACUGUAACCUGAAAUCAAAGGGCGCCAAUAUGUUUUUUAAAAGAGUUAAAAAGGCUGAAAAGUGGAUUGUUGCCGAAUCUAAUGCUAAAAUUGAAGAGAAUAACCAAGAUACCAAUAAAGACCCAACGAAAAUGCCUUACGUUAGACCUAGCAAGGAACUGCCAAAGCUGAAACUGAUUCUUGCUCCGAGACCUAUAAUCGACAUGAAGACACUUCUGAAACAAGGUGUGGACAUUGUAGAGCAUAAUGCUGUCAGCCCUGAAGUUUGUCACGACAUAGUCAAGGACCUAAAUUCUCCCACGGGAAAAGGUGCUCAGCUCUUUGCUAAAAGAAAGAAGAAAAGUUGCGAAUGGGUUGUAGAUGAGGACAAGGUUAAACAUUUACUGCAAGAACGCUAUCAUAUCAGUUAUCCAUCUCCUGAACCUCCCACAGAGCCUUUAGUUCAUCCAAGAGUGAGAGCCCUGUCCGAAAUCAAUUCACAAACUGUGGCUGAAUCCGUGAUCCGUGCGGCAGAGGCCAAAAUCAUGACUUAUCCUAAUGCUGUUCCUCAUGUACCAGUUAUUCACUCCUUGGAUAGAGUUGACAGUGUGGAAAGUACAAAUCUGUCAUUGCAGUCUUCUGUUCAGAGUACGACAUUCAACCGGCCAGGCUCGCGGACAUCAGAUCCUUUGAAAUACAGUAUUCCCAAGGGUUGGACGGGUGCAACAACGUCCUUUUUGGAAGCACAAUCUGCCCAGCCUGCACAAGAAUCAUUUUUGAACCUAGGAGCUUCUCCUAUUCCUGCCAAACGAUCCCUUGAAGUCACCAGUCCCAUUAGAAGAAGUCAGAGCUUUAGGGAUUUCAAUUCCUCGCCUAGAGCUUGGAAUGCUGAAAUUCCAAACAAGUUCAAGCCUGCAGCCAUCAAACCUGUUAAGCCACCAUCAGUUUUGGUGCAGUAGCAAGCUAUUUGCUGAAGCGCAUAUAUGUAAUGUACUUUGUAUAUUGAUGAAAACUUUUGAAAACCUUGAGGAAUUUUUUUUCUUGAAAUGUAAGGAAUACAUUUCUUAUGUGAGAUUUAUUUCUUUCAAGUAUUCGUCGCAUAAAUACAAAUACUUGAACAGAGUGUGGAUCUCUUGUAAAAGUAGAGCUUUUUUUUUAAUUGCUCGAUACUUUGUGUAUAUGAAGCUUUGAUUUUGAUUUGAACGUGGAAUAAUGAUUUCAUUGAAGCAUUCAGAACAUUUUGUUAACCCUUUAGAUAUAUAUCGUAGACACAAGUUUUGAACAAAGAGAGUUUCAGCCUUAUUUUUCCAACCAUUGAACUUCAUAUUUAUAUAAUAUUUAUUUUAUGAAAAUAAAAAAAAAAUAUAUCUUUGUUCUAAAAAAAAUUUAAAAAUUGCUAUUCUUUACUGAUACAUUAUAGCUAUCAAAGUUCUAAAUGAAAUGUAAGAGAUGUUAUAAGAAUUUUAAAUUACAAUAAUGAAUAAAAUUUCAGAACAUUAGUUAUAAAUAUUUAUUUAAAUUGGAUAUUUAAAGCAAAUUAUAAAAUGAAUUGUUUCAAAUUAUCAAAAAAUAUUUCAUUGUACAACAGGCAUCCAAUAUAAUAUCAAAAUUAUUGAAAUCUGACUAAAAUUUAGUUGAACAUCAUUGUGGAUUAUGUGUAAAUUUUUGAAAAGAAAAUGUUCAGGUAUUCUUUGCACUGAUUACGAAAUAAAACUGUUUAAAAAAAUUACAAGCUAUAAAGAUAAUUUCUAAUUUUGAAAGUAUUUUUCCUAAACAAAGAUACAAUAUAAAGGUUGAUAUUCGCAAUUCAAAUUAAUUCAUUUUUUUAUAUAUUGUUACUGAAAUUUUUAAAGUUUUACUAAGGAGUGUUGACUGAUUUUAUGCUGAGAAAAAUUUUCUCUCUUUGUAAUAAAAUAUCGUUUUAUUA